AAAUUCAGCGUCGGUCUCACCUUCUCUUUUUACCGACCACGGUUCAGCCGUGGCGGCUUCUCGGUUGAUCCCACAUCAUUAACCGCAACCACGUGUCAUAAUUAGCAAAUUUUUUUUAAUUUUCAAAUUGCUUGCUUGUAAGUGUAAGGAGAAAAAGGCUUGGUAGUAGCUGCUUCCGCGCUCUAACCAAACUAUUCGGGGCCGCCACAAAUGGCUGUUUCAUGGUCAACAGCUCGCGUCCCUCUUUUCUCUCCCGCUCGAGUCAAACUCUUUUCAUCCCGCCAUGCUUUCGGAAACGGUGUCGUAAGAUUGAAAUCCGAGUUGAAGUUCUGGACUCAGUCUCUUAAACCCAAACUCGGGUCCAAGCGAGGUGAUUUGGUAAAGCGCAAUGUACUUAGCGAAGAAGAUAGCGUGGAGGAGACUUACAACUCCGUCGACGAUAAGCAGUUUGUGCGGUGGUUCCGCGAGGCUUGGCCUUACCUCUGGGCCCACCGUGGCAGCACUUUCGUUGUUAUUAUUUCCGGCGAAAUCGUCGCUUCCCAAUUUUUGAACGCCAUUCUAAAGGAUAUUGCGUUUUUGCAUCACCUAGGGAUCAGAUUUGUUAUUGUUCCGGGAACUCACGUGCAAAUCGAUAAGCUUUUGGCCGAGAGAGGGCAUGAACCAAAGUAUGAUGGUAGAUAUAGAAUAACAGACUCUGAAUCUCUUGCUGUUGCGAUGGAAGCGGCAGGAGGGAUUCGUCUAAUGAUAGAGGCAAAACUUUCCCCUGGACCUUCCAUCUAUAAUAUCCGUCGACAUGGUGAUAGUAGCCGAUGGCAUGAAGUUGGUGUGAGCGUUGCUAGUGGUAACUUCCUUGCAGCCAAGAGAAGAGGAGUUGUUGAAGGUGUUGAUUAUGGAGCAACAGGUGAAGUCAAGAAAAUAGAUGUUGUUCGCAUGCGUGAGAGGCUUGAUGGUGGUUGUAUAGUGAUAUUAAGCAACCUGGGGUAUUCUAGCUCUGGAGAAGUUUUGAAUUGCAACACCUAUGAAGUUGCUACGGCUUGUGCAUUAGCUAUUGGAGCAGAUAAGCUUAUUUGCAUUAUAGAUGGUCCGAUUUUGGAUGAGAAUGGACGCCUUAUUAAUUUCUUACCUCUUCAAGAAGCAGAUAUGUUAAUCCGUCAGCGGGCUGAGCAAAGCGAGAUAGCAGCUAAAUAUGUGAAAGCUGUUGGUGAAGAAGACCUUACAUGCCUUGGACAUAAUAAUUCUAUUGCAGUUGUCAACUCUUCGCAGAAUGGGAAGGCUGCUAAUACAACACGUAACCCAACCUUUCAGAAUGGUGUUGGUUUUGAUAAUGGCAAUGGACUAUGGUCUGGAGAACAGGGCUUUGCUAUUGGAGGUCAGGAGCGGCUAAGUCGACAAAAUGGUUAUCUUUCCGAGUUGGCUGCUGCAGCUUUUGUAUGCCGAGGUGGUGUACAAAGAGUUCAUUUGUUAGAUGGCACUAUCGGUGGGGUCUUAUUAUUGGAACUGUUCAAAAGAGAUGGAAUGGGGACAAUGGUGGCCAGUGAUCUAUAUGAAGGGGCUAGGAUGGCAAAGGUGACAGACCUUGCUGGAAUCAAGCAAAUUAUACAACCUUUAGAAGAGUCUGGCACAUUGGUUCGCAGGAGUGAUGAGGAGCUACUUAAGGCCAUAGAUUCAUUCGUUGUUAUGGAAAGGGAAGGUCAAAUCAUUGCUUGUGGUGCUCUUUUUCCUUUCUUCAAGGACAAGUGUGGGGAAGUUGCUUGUAUUGCAGUUUCUCCUGAAUGCCGAGGACAAGGACAGGGAGAUAAAAUGCUUGAUUAUGUCGAGAAGAAGGCAUCCUCCCUUGGAUUGGAUAUGCUAUUCCUGCUGACAACUCGGACUGCUGAUUGGUUUGUAAGGCGUGGCUUCAGAGAAUGUACCAUUGACAUGAUACCAGACGAAAGGAGGAAAAGUAUUAAUCUGUCCCGUAAAUCCAAGUAUUACAUGAAGAAGUUGCUACCAGAUCGAAGUGGAAUUACCGCUGAUAGAACAUUUAAAUGAGCUCGCAACACAUACAGUGCCCCUUUGGUAAGUAACCAGGGCUGCUCAGGGGAUGCAAUCUCGUCGGUCUGGUUGGCCACAAAACCACUGUAAAUUACGUACCGAUCAGGGGAUGAUCCUAGUUUCUCUGCAUCAGGUUUUUGUCAUGAAUUAUAAUUGAUUAUAGCUGUAACCAUUUUGUUAUAUUAGUAGUUUACACAAUUUUGUAGGCGAAUUAUAAGUAAUAUAGUUUAAUGGUUUAUAUAUAUCUGAAUCUAAAGCAAACAGGUGCACGUUGGUUAAGGGAUCCUGUCUCACUAGUUUAUGCUGAAGACUGAGCACUUUAGCGUCUUGUCGUCAAGUUACCCAUAUCAGAGUUUUAUGUAACCCCAGUUUUUGGUUUAAAAACAGCCUGCUCUGACCAUCAACAGGAUUCAAACUUGUCAUACAAAAGGACCCGUGCCACCAAGCUAAACAGCUGUCGGCUUGGAAUUACCAUAGAAACCAGAAGGAACUUUGUUGUCGCCUAAUAAGAAUAUUGGGGAAAUGGGUGCAUAAGGAAAUGGAGGCUUCAACAAACAUGGAAUAUAUCUAAACUCUAUCAUAAAUGAAUGAAGGCGAAACUGGGCAAAAAAGUACGCCCAUUUGGUCGCUGAUGAUCACAUUUAUUUUAAUCGAAUUGUCAUAAAAAG